AUGGAGCCUUCAAUGCGCCUGGCGGCCUCUAAUACUUGCCGAACGUGUAUAAGGCUCUCCGCAGCCAAUACAGCUCGCCCACCUAUGACGAGAUCAUUCUCUAAAGCUACAUCUUCACGCUCACUACAAAAGGCUUGCUCUCCUAGUCCGACUAUACAUUCGCGUCGUCCUGUCCCGUCCACUGAAGCUAGCAAAUGUCUCUCGAGACCCAUAUCUCUAUUUGGCCGGCAGUCAAAAACAGUCGAGGACGAUACAAUUGCUCUAGGACCAGCCGCGACGUACGAGAACCAAUCGAAACCUCCGGUCCUCCGCCCUGACGACCUUUUCCAUUCUUUUACUAACUCGCCCAUUCCCGAAAUACGCCGCCGUGCUGCUUUUAUAAGGCAACACGCCCAUUGUCCUCACCCCGACCAUCAACCCACGCGAGAUCCAGCCAGUACCAGUACCCCAUCUAACGUUACAGGUUCCGGUGCGCAAGCACCAGUCCUCGUCGACUUCGAAUGUCCGGACUGUGGAAUCCCUGUCUAUUGUAGUGAGAAGCACUGGGCCGAGGAUUAUGAGGCUCAUCUACAUAUUUGCGAUACGUUACGACAGAUCAAUGAAGAUGACCACGAUCUGCGCUCGGGGAGGUUCUUCCCCGAAUUCGAGUACGCAGGCCCUCAGAUGGAAGAAGCCGCUGUAAAUAUGACCAACUGGGACACUUUUCUCUAUACGAGGCAAUUCGAAGCCAUCAACGAUGACCGGAACAUGCGACAGGUUACGCGGCUGCUUACCUACCCGAUAACGAUAGGUAGCAUCUUACACGAGCUCAGUCCAUAUAAUAUUAGGAAAGGUGGCAGGCUCACAACUGAAGGUCUGAAAAGUUUAAGUGCUCUACGAUAUACCUUACAUCCACCCAGGACAGGCAGCGGUGAAACAAUCAAGGGCUUACGACCCGAAGCACCCCCAGUGAGAUUAUUCAUCCUAGGGGCUCGUGCGGAGUCGUCUCUCCCUCGGAAUGUCUGGGUACAGUUAGCUCACCUAUUCCCCCGAGGGAAGUUUCACCUUAUCUUCAUCGGACCCGAAAGCAUGACCAACAGAGACGAUGAAUUCCCAUUGCCGCCGCGAACUCCAUCCAAUCCCUUCGGUGCCGUAGUAGAAGACCGGGUGUGGCCAACAAUGAAAAUUAGCACCAUUGUGGAUUACUAUCAUACUCUACAUAAGACUGGCCAGUUUUAUCCAUACGAUCCGUAUUUUGACUGUUUUGUCAUGUUCCAUCCAGGAUUAGGACACCCAGCCAGCUCUCACGAGUGGACAGAAACGGUACCUCUGCUCCUUGAAACAAAGGCCCCUAUCAUAGUAACCGGCUACACGCAGUAUGACAUGGAAAGAGAUAUUGAAUGGGUAAAGAAGACUUGCGGCGGCGAGUUUGAUAUGCUUAUGGAACCUGGUGAAAACACCUUCAGGAGUUUACGAUGGGAUCUCAAUGACCUUGAUCCACAAGAUAUCAGCUGUGGUAACUGGGGCGUAUGGGCAUUCCGAGGAAAGAGUAACCGGACGAUGACGGCAGCACCAUCGGGCCCCGUCCCGCCUAAAGGUAGUGGCCCGGUUCCGACCAGCUCAAAGGCACCAGCGACUUCGAGCACCAAUCCCGAGUCCGUUACCUCCACUGGAAGCAAGCCUUCUAGCUCACCUCAUGCAACUCCACCAACCUCGGCGCCUCGCCGAUCCACACGUCCCGUAUCGUCCGACUUCUUGUCCGAUAAGGCUACCGCUGCAUUCAUACGCCGUGUGCUUUGCGCCCAGCACUUAGCAGAUAGGGGGAGGAGCACACCUGCGCCCAUUCAAGAUCUGCUGCCGCCUCUUACGAGUCGAAAUGAUGUAGAUCUUCAGCUGUACGCCCUGAUAGCUAUCAUUAUUAAGGAGUUCGUCCAGAAUUGGUACACAAAGAUUACGCCGGAUGAGACCUUCGUCGCCGAGAUCGUACAAAUCAUUGCUCAUUGUACUCGUGCAUUGGAACAGAGGUUGCGGAACGUAGAUCUUGAGAGUUUACUAUUCGACGAGCUUCCAGAAUUGCUAGACGCACAUAUCCGAGCAUAUCGAGUAGCGAAGAACACGGUAGCUCGGCCGCCAGUCGAAGCCAAUCCACGCGAGAUUUACCAUUCGCUCUGGCCGCUGCCUGCCCUGUCCCCGGUUCCUAAAUCUGGACAUAACAGCAUACAGAUUCAGGAAGAUAACGAAAGUGCAUACCGCCAACUGUUAGUGCAGGGCGUCCUAGCUCUCUUGCUUCCAACCGAGGAUCUCGAGAACGAGUGCCUGACGACGCUAGUUGGGCAAUUAUUCUCGGAACUCGUCAUAGGCAAUCUCAUCAUUAACAAGCUCUCGGAGCCUUGGCUUAUAUGGGAAGGUCUGAUUAUACUAACGAGGGUAGUGCGUGCGAGAAGCACAAUAGAGGCAUCUGGACCUGGAGACAUGGAGCCAGACGCGGAUCUAAAGACAGGCCGCGGGAUAGUUCCGCGGAUUACGAGCAAACGUAACUCGUACAUCCAGCAGGUUUUUUGGACCGUAAUUCAGUGGGGGUUCGUUAUAGUAAACUCGAUACGACUGAUUAUCAGUACGAUCAUGCUAUCCCGAACGCUCCCUCCUAGGUCCAUCCCUACCGUCCGUCAGGUAGAUCCAACGUCUCAUGAUUAUAGAGAGAAAUCCUACCAUCCUCCAACCCCUGAGGCCGGUUUACAGCCAGUCAAUGUUCCCAUCGCAGACUUCAGACUUUGGACUUGCGUUGGGAAUUUACUUGAAAUAGACGCUCGCAUGCCCUGGAUGAGCGGAACUUUGUCCAUGGCGCAAUGGGGAGCUCUGAGAGGUCCGGGCAACUUGGCAGGGUUUAACGGGAUGAUCGAUAGGUAG